AUGGAAGAAGUCCAGCGCAGUUCGGAGAUUACGAUAGAUGCAAAAGCGGCUGCAAAGGAAGCCACAGAGAUCGGUAAAGUAACGAUGAAAAUGAUCAGAGAUAUGAAGCUUGUAAGCCAGCAGAACCAAGCCAACGCCAUGCCUACCUACGCCAACGUGUUAGCGAGGGGAGGGCUAGCGGCAAGCAUAUAUAACCUACAGAACCAGAAAGCAUCACCUGUUUAG